GAGGUCGACGAGCUCGCCGAGUUCACCGACACCACACCCAAGGGCCUGCCGAAAGACCUGGAUUUGAGCAAGUUCAUGGAGGCGGAUCCCGAGAAUGAUGCCGAGGUCGAGUCGGACGAGGACAUUAACGCCAUCCUCAAUGGUGACAGCGAUAGCGAAGAUGACGAGGACGAGGCUGACUCGGAGGAUGCUGAGGGAGAGGAUGCCGAGAUGGAGGACGAGGAUGAUGACGAGGAUGACGAGGAGGCUGUGUUCAAGAAGCAGCUCGAGGCCAUGAUGGAGAAGGACACGUCGUUCGCCAAGUACAUGAAGAAGAACGAUCCUGAAUCGCUAAAGAUCCUCGACGCGAUGCCGAAAUGUCUGCAGAUGAGGAGCAAGGAGCAGGAGGACCAGGAGCAGGAGGAGCCAGCUGCUGCCACCGUGACCCUGAAGAUGCUGCACGGCUGGGAGAAUGCCGUCACUAACCAGCACUCGCUCAAGUCGCUGAAGCGGCUUCUGCUGGCCUUUUACUCUGCCUCACACAUGGACGCCGAGGAUGAGGACUCCGACGACGUCCCCUUCCGGAUCGAGGGCAUGCGUGUAUUCAACAAGGUCGUCAGCACGUCCUUGCGCGUGGCCCCCAAAGCCUUUGCACGCUACGCGCCCGUGGUCGACGGCAAGGUCACCAAGAAGGCUGGCUCCAAGUGGUCCACCAUCCAAGCCCUGGUCAAGUCCUACCUGGCCAGCCUGCUCGAGCUGAUGAAGCAGAUGAGCGACGCCGCCAUGAUCCAGUACCUGAUCAAGGAGUCCGAGAAGGCCCUGCCGUACUUUGUGUGCUUUGCGCGCUUCACGCGCGACCUGCUCAAGGAGCUGCUGCGCCAGUUCGGCUCGACGACGGCCGAUGACGGCGUGCGCAUCCUGGCGCUGAUGACGCUGCGCAAGCUGGUGUCGAUGGCGCCGGCCGAGGUCACCGACAUGGCGCUGAAGGGCAUCUAUCUGACACACGUGCGUCACAGCAACGUCAAGAACAUCACAUCGCUGACGACCAUCCAGCUGAUGCGCAACUGCGGCGUCGAGCUGUACGGCGUCGAUGCAAAUGCCAGCUAUCAGCACGCCUUCGUCUACAUCCGCCAGCUGGCAAUCCACCUGCGCAAUUCGAUGCAGCUGCGCAGCAAGGAGUCGUUCCGCGCCAUCUACAACUGGCAGUUCGUCAACAGUCUGCACUUCUGGACCGAGGUCCUGGCCACAUACUGCGGCGACCGCGCUGACGAGCAGCCGCAGCUGUGCGAGACCCUCGAGUCCCUGGUGUACCCGCUGACGCAGAUCAUCAUGGGUGUGGCCCGCCUGGUGCCCACCGCCAAAUACUUCCCGCUGCGCCUGCACUGCGUGCGCAUGCUGCUACGCAUCUCGUCGUCGACCGGCAUCUUCAUCCCGGUCCUGCCCAUGCUUGUCGAGGUGCUCGAGUCGUCCGAGUUCCUGGCCCGCCGCCCGCUCAAGAGCACCCUGAAGCCGCUCACCCUUGACUCGUACCUGAAGGCCCCCAAGGAGUACGAGCACACGCGCGUCUACCUGGACUCGAUCCUGGAGUCGGUGUUUGAGCUCCUGGCCGACGCCAUCGCUGCCCAGUCGACCCGCAUUGCCUUCCCCGAGUGGGUCGUGCCGGCCGCGCUGCAGCUGCGGCGGUGGAGGAAGCGCGUCGGCAAGUCGUGGAUGCGCUUCUCAAAGCAGCUGCAGGGGCUGCUGGAGAAGACCGAGCAGACUGCCAAAAUGGUCCAGCAGCACCGCGCCAAGGUUGACUUCAGCCCUGCCAAUCUCUCGGCUGCCAACCGCUUCAUGGAGGACGUCCACCCCGACACCACCCCCAUCGGCGCAUACGCUGUCUCGCUCCGCAAGGUGCGUGCCCAGCAGCGCGCUACGUUGUUGGAGGCCGAAGCCGACGAGUAAUAGAAACAAAACCAUUUUUC